AUGGAUGCCCAAGGGAGCUCUUCGAUAAGGGAAAAAUGUUCUCGAGAGUCAAUACCUUCGACCGGGCUCAGUAUCGUAUACGAGCCAGAGACCGAUGCCCCUAUAGUCGACAUUAUUAUGGUUCAUGGUCUGAAAGGCCACCCAUAUAAAACAUGGCGAUGCAAACAAAAUCCAGAGGGCGUGGAUAAACGUCCAGCGCAUCCCGAAAAAGAGGCACCGAAGCCGAGCACUUCGAAACGACUCGAGCUUAGACAAAAUCUCAGGGCGUUCUUGAAAAGCUCGUCAAGCAACAGCCGACAGGACAGUAGCCUCACCGAAUCUACGUGCAACAAUCUCCCAGCCCCAGACGUCGGCGAUUUGUCUGUUUUCUGGCCUGCUGACUUCCUCCCUCAAAUCUGCAAGAAGGCUCGGAUUCUGACAUUCGGUUAUGAUACCAAGAUAACCAAGUUUACCUCGGGCCCGACUAACACAAACAGUAUUUUCUCUCAUGGGAAGGACUUUCUGUUCUCGCUGGGGCGCGAAUACGUGAAAGAUCGUCCCAUGAUAUUUAUCGCUCAUAGUCUCGGUGGAAUACUGGUGAAAGAAAUGCUCGCCCUAUCGUCAACCUCGGAUACUCUGACACACAAAGGUGUUAUCGAAUCAACUGCGGCUGUUAUCUUCCUUGGUACGCCCCAUCGAGGAAGUCCUGAACUAUCAGCUAUCGGCGAGUGGGCAAGAUCGAUGCUGAGUAGUCUGAAGUUCCAGACAACAUCGACGAUCUUGGACACCCUUGGUCUUAAGACAACAGACCUCGAACGCGCUCAUGAAGCGUUCUGCAGACUAUGGCAUCAGUAUGACUUCCAAGUGAAGACCUUUCAAGAAAGCUUUGGCCUUACUGGGAUUGAUCUGGGUGUCUUAGGAAAUAAGGUCGUGCCUCAUGAGUCGUCUUUGAUUGGGGAUCCAAGAGAACAUGCAGAGACUCUGCAGGCCAAUCAUAAACAAAUGAGUCGUUUCAGCAGUGCUCAGGAUCCGAACUAUAUCAAAGUUGCUGGGGAAAUCAAGGCAUUCUAUACCGCGAUCAAUAAUGCUCACACUCGGAACCAAUUCGUUGCGGAGCCUACUAAGGAUCUCAAUAGGGAAGCAGGGAAGAACGACGGAUCCUGUCCUGAAGAAGGUUCCCCGCAUUCCCUGGACCAGAAAGUACUGGAUGAUUUUCUUGCAGCACUGCGCUUCGAUGGGAUGAAUACUCGACGCGAGUCUAUCUUGGCCCCUGCCAUAAAUACUGGACACUGGCUAUUCCGAGACCGAACAUUCCAUCUUUGGACCACUACAACUGAUAUAAAUCAUCGUCUACUCUUCAUCAAAGGAAAGCCAGGGGCAGGCAAGUCAACCUUGAUGAAAGAGGCUGUACGGCAUAUACAAUGUGUUCAAAGAAGAGAUGGUAUCUGUGCUAGCUUCUUCGUCGAUGCUGGCGGUGAGCUUCUGCAACGGUGCCUAACUGGAAUGUUUCGGUCAUUGCUUUACCAACUUUUGUUGCAGAGCAGAAUAUGCAGCCCGGUUACCCAUAUGAACUUGGAGAGAGAGACCUUGAUCUGUAGCAUUAAGGAUACUAUUGAUAGUACCAUACUGCCUUCGGUAGAAUGGAGCGAGAGACUUUUACAAAAUUUGCUCGCCCAGACGCUUCAAUAUCUGGCAUCUCUCGGUACACCAGUGUUUAUCUUUGUGGAUGCACUUGACGAAUUAAGUACCGAGAUGCAGCGACAGCAAGUUGACUUCUGGAGUCUCCAGCAACUAUACUUUCAGGGGCCAAGGAUCUGCUUAUCUUGCAGACAUUUUCCAAAUAUCGCCGUUGCUGGCUGUUUGGAGAUGGCCUUGGAUGUGUACAAUCAGAACGAUAUCCUGAAUUACAUCACGCAGCGACUCAAUGCGCGAAUCUCUAUACUUGAAGAACACUGGAGGAAAGCGCUCACGGAAAAGAUUCACACUAUGUCCUCAGGGGUUUUCCUCUGGGUCGUCUUGGUGGUGGAUGAAACUCUAGCCAGUUAUGAUAAUGGCACCAGUUUACCUGGGCUCAUCCGACGCGUCGAAGAAAUGCCAACGGAGCUCGAGAUGUUGUAUGAAAAGAUGUUAGCAUUCACCGCAUUAGGGGAUCCUUUGGUAAUUGGAAAGAUGUUUCAAUGGGUACUGGCAGCAAACAGACCGUUGCGUCUUGAUGAGUGGCAUCACAUACUCGCAUUUAUCCAACCAUCGAAACCAGCCUCGCUGGCAAAAUGGCGAAAAUCAGAGUCUUACACUGAGAACGACUAUCAGCUUGAAAGGAAGAUCAGAACCUUAUCGAGAGGUUUGCUGGAGGUCAGCAACAAGCAGCACGAUGUCUUAGCGGACAAGAAUGGCGAAGUGUCAUCUAUAAAUGCUGGCGUUGGAUCUCUGGACCAUGAAGAGGGUUCAGCACGCGUAGUGCGUGUUAUUCACCAGUCUGUUUACGACUUCUUCAUACACAAAGGAGGAUUCCGGAACUUGGGCUUGGAAAGCGCUAACCCUCUUGCGGAUUGCCAUUGCACCAUUGCAAAUACCUGCAUCGACUACUUGUUUAUCCCUGAGCUGGUUGAAUACGUUGUUGCUCGACAACGAGUAAACAUGGCGAGUCUAAUCAGUGCCUCAUUAUGCUCGGAGAACUCUUUUAAAACUGAAGAACCUCCAAAGGGAGAAGCUCAGCGAAAGAGUCGUGGGUUGAGACAUACCUUUGAAGGCUUGGACGCAUUGCGCCCCUGGAAGUCUUUUGAGGUCGUUGAGAACUGGCUGGCUGGAGGAGCUUUAUCCUCAUAUACAGGUUCCAUCACCGGUUCUGCAAAACAUUCUGUCUCGCGCGAGUCACUUGUCGCUGCAUCCCAGGUUCUGGACGACUACCCAGCUUUACUCGUAUAUGCCAUCACUGACGUAAUGCUACAUAUCGAACUCGCAGACCUGGACCUUAAUCCGACCAAGACGACGCAAAGCCUUAUCACGAGAUUGGGAGACGAUGCGAUAUGGAAACGUCUUCGAGCACUGCAGCAAGAAAAGCGCACGCGAAAAAGGACCGCUGAAUGGCUUGAAGCGGUCACUCAUAACCGGUUGCCCUCGCUCCCAAAGACGUACGCGCAAUUUCCAGCCCCGGCAAAUGGCCCGAGAAGUCCAAGAAGUAUCACGAGUUUUAGCUCGGCGAGUAGUUUUAGCCAUCAGAGCUGGAAGUCCCAUGCAGACAAGAAAGACUAA